AUGAUCGAUCAAUUAUUUAUUCUCGUUCUAAUUGAACAUACAAUCACAACUUACUCGCAAGCGUCUUAUUUGACAAAGAUAGUUAUGUUUAGUCAGUAUAUUUCGUAUCUCUUCAUAUUCAUUCUAAUCCAGUCGACCUUAACUUGUCCAAUUCCAUUUGAUAUUCAGUCGAAAUGUCGAUGUGCAAUCACAGAAACAGGCCGAGUUUAUAUUUACUGUGCUCGGAAACAAUUGCUCGAUAUUCCGCGUUUUAACAACAGCAAUAUAAUAUUUGACGAACUUGUUCUAUCCGGUAAUCGAAUAACAGUUGUACAUAAGAAUGCAUUUAAUGGUUUGAAAUUACGUAAACUCGAACUGCAAUCCAAUCCAAUCAAUCGUAUUGAUCAGCAAGCAUUUAUUGAUCUAGCGAAUUAUUUAGAAGAAUUCAUUCUUUCCACGACUCUUCGAACGUCGCAAUUGACAUCUCAAACAUUCUUUCAUAUUCUCGCCGAAUUACCUAAUCUGAAGCGUUUAUCGUUACGUUCGUUUGAUUUAUCGGAUUUGACAAAUUACAAUCAGAGUUUAGUCAUGAGAAAAUUAACUCAAUUAGCCUUGCAGUCAUGUUCGAUUAGUCAGAUGGAUGAGAUCGAAAGUUUUCGUAAUCUCUUUCCGAACUUGGAACGAUUGGAUUUAUCGGAAAAUCGAUUGGAAUAUCUCAACAUUCCUUUUCUUACUGCAUUUCGAAAACUAAAAGUUUUAAUCUUAAGUAAAAACAAGAUUCGACAUUUAAAUCUUCGCUUGUUGAAUCCAAACCCGACAAAUUCGUUAAUCGAACUCGAUUUAUCCUAUAAUGGAAUUGAAACCAUUGACGAAAAUGUCAUUGAAUCUCUCUCAUCACAAUUGGAAAUUUUAAAUUUACGGAAUAAUGAACUGACCAACGAGAAACAACUGACAUUUCUAGUGCAUUUAAGUCAAUUACGAGAGUUUUAUUUGGAUUACAAUCGUCUGGAAUCGAUUCAUCAGAUGCAACUACCAUUAAAUCUGAAACUUGUUUCGUUAAAAAAUAAUCGAUUGAAUCAAUUGGAUUUGACCAUCUUUACACGAUUGGAACAGUUGGAAAAAUUGUUUCUAUCAUCGAAUAAAUUAACAAAAUUGUCUUCGAAGAACAGAAAUACCUUUCCGGUCUUGGAACUUCUCGAACUCGAUCGAAAUCAACUGACGAACUUGAUGCCAGUCAACGCUCCGAAGUUGAAACAAUUGAAUCUUGAUGGGAAUUUCUUAGGAGCAAAUCUUGAGAAAAAGAUCUUCAGGAAUCUACCAUCGCUGGAACGACUUCAUCUUCGUGAUAAUCAGAUUGAAUUCAUCGAUUCGAACACAUUUCAACAUACAAAUUUACAAUUUCUUGAUUUGAGAAAUAAUAGUCUGAAGAGUUUUCCUCUUCUUACCAAACUUAACGAAACUUUACAAAUCUUAUCUCUCCGUCGCAAUCAGAUCUGUACGAUUGACACCAGUGCAUUGAAUUUCUAUCGAAAUCUCCUUACGCUUGAACUCGAUCAGAACCCAUUGCAUUGCGAUUGUCGAAUGGAACGAAAUUUUCGACAGUUGAAGAUCUCGGGCCAAUGCGAAUCACCGCCUGAACGACGAAAUGUUAAUCUAAAUGAACUACCAAACGAACCGUUUGCAUGUAGUUUGAUUACUACACCGCAAUGUACUUACCUAACAAAGACAAUCAUGAAUGAUGAUGAGAGGAAGCCAUUAAUAACAACAACGACGACGACGAUGACGAGCACCACUAUCACCACCGAAACCACGAGUGUGAUGAAAAUUGUGGAAAAUUUUGCGAAUAAUCUUGAUCGUCGAGAAGAAUUCUAUUCCAGUAUGUCGACCACAACAACAAUCAUGGAUCAAUUUUCCUUGGAACAAAUCCGGAUAGCUGAUCUAAUCAUUACACCUAAUUUUGAUAAUUCCAAAUUACUUCUUCAAUGGCAGAUAUCUCCUUCGGCAAUCGAUUUGAAUCCUUCGAUUGAUCAUCGUCGAAGGUAUUUCAAACAUCAUGGUAUCAAUGGUUUUAAGAUCAGUACGAACUCUCCAAUGUACAAAAUGAGCGAAUUACUCGAUAGUUUACAACGUAAUUAUACAAUCGAUUACGUUUCACAAGGCGAAGUUUGUUUAUACCUUCUUCGAAAGACAAAUUAUGAGAAGUUUUGUAAACAAUUACAAAUGACUUCCACUCAAACAUUAAAAUCAUCGUUGAUCAUCGAUCCUAAGCAACGCGAUGAGCAACAAAACUUAUGGUACAUGAACGAACCUACGAAAAGUAUUCUCAUCGGAUCGAUAUUCGGUAUUCUCCUAGUAUUAAGCUUGCUCACAUGUAUUAUUUUGAUUAUUUCUCGUUGUCCUUAUGUAUUAUUUUGUCGUUUACGUUCGUCGAAGUAUCAUCAAAGUAAUGAUUCGAAAAGUGAAUCGUUACUGGUUCGUCCAACACCGACAAACACAAUUCCAUGGUCGAAUCAAUCUCAGCAACACUACUAUCCAGCUCCACCACCGCCACCUCUAUCUUAUCAUCCUCCACCACAUCAGCUGCGACCGAUUAGUUAUCAAGCAAGUCUCUCCACGCAGUGUACAUGCCCGACACAUUAUCAUAGCAGUGGAACAUCGUCCACGGACUCGGGCUCGGCGAGCAUUCACGGGCAAAACUAUCACAUUUACCAAGAAAUCUUAAAUGAUGACUUUAAUCUACAAAAUCAUCAUCAUCAUCGACUCUGUCGCUCGUCAAAAACUGAUAAAAACUCUUCGUCAAUAAACUCUGAACAGUGUCAACUUUGUUCACUUAGUGUCCUUGUGUGA